CUCUUUAAUUAUUUCAUGGAUUCAAAUGUUUGUAGUUCAGUUGCGUCUCUAAACUGCACUGCAAUUACUGAAUUGGAGUAUAGAGGCAUGGAGGGAAUUCCUGUGAGGAUUGUGAUACCUUCAGCUUCAACGUGUCACUCUCAUGAUUUUCAAAGGAAAACAAUCAUACAAGUAUCAUCUUCAUCAACAAGAAGGGUUCCUACCCACAACAGAUAUUUUCGCUUUACUGUUCCGGCCAAACUCUCUCCUUCUGAUUUUCAAGAUUUUCAGAGCUAUGCGAGGCCUUCACAUCUCUUGCCAGCCUCUGAAGUGAAAGUGUACACAAAUACAUCAGUAGAGAACAUUUCAUCAUCUUUGAAGGAGGAUGGAUCCAAAUCUUUAUUUAUGGUCAAGUUAGUUACAAGCAACGCAUAUGGCUCUAGUAUUAGUGACUUAAAUGCUGGAAUUCUACUAUGCUUGAUAGAUGAAAACGGAAAUUCCAUAUUGCAAAGGAUCCCUGUGAGUUUGAUGAUGGAUCAUUCUACAGAAUCAGGGGAUAUGACUAAUAUUGACAUGCUUCAUUUCCAAAGAGGUUCUGUAGAUGAAUUCAUUUUUGAGGGUCCUAAAAUUGCACGACUUAAGGCUCUUUGGGUCAGUGUUGAAUCAGGUCAGUGGCGCCUAGGAAGUGUAUCCUUAAUGGUUAUUAAUUGUGAAGGGCAACCAUCUGGACCGGAAGAUGGGGUACCAACGUACACUGGCUUCCAGUAUGACUUUCAGAUUGAUGAUGUGUUGCUUGGUGAGGGAGUUGAUCUGUCCAUGUUGGAAUUAAGACCUAGCCUUGUGACUGAGCUGGAAGGGAUUGAUCCCAUAAGCAUCUUCAAUAAAGGACUUAAUGACCCUAACUUGCUCUCAAGUCCUAAGAUCUCGAAUGAAGAGAGUAUGAAGGAAUACGCAGAUUUGAAGUUCUCAUUGUUAUUUUAUGAUGCCAUGCUGAUGCUUUUUGGUACAUCAGUUGCUUCCCUCUUGGCUGGGGAAAAUGCCGGGAUUGCUUUCUUGAUUGGUGGAAUUGGAGGCUUCUUGUAUCUUUUACUGUUGCAGAGAUCAGUGGAUGAAUUGCCAGCUUCAGAAUUAAUCACCAAUGACAAAGAAAGAACUGAUGCAUUGUUCAGAGGAGUGAAGGGUCCAAUAGCAAGUGUAGCAUUGGCUCUAGGCUUGGCUGUAAUUGCAUCAAGGUAUAGCUCAGGAGGUCUUCAAGUGAUGCUAACACCAAAAGAUCUCAUAGUUGGAAUGUUGGGGUUUCUUGCAUGUAAAGUUUCUGUGGUGUUGGCUGCAUUCAAGCCUAUAACACUAGGUUCAAAGUUACCAAGUGAUAUGUAACAUUGUACUUUUUGUCACUUGUGAAGUGGUUUAAUUUUUAAACCAGGUGUAACUUACAAUUAUCAAUACCGUGAAUAUUAUUGUUGUAUAGUGCUCA